AUGGUGCCGUUUGGCGGUUACCUUAUGCCCGUGCAAUACUCCGACCUGUCGGUCGGUGAGAGCCAUGCCUGGACCCGCGAAAAGGCCUCUAUCUUCGAUGUUGGACAUAUGGUGCAAUACCAUGUCGAAGGCCCCGGCGCAGAAGCAUUUCUUGAAACGCUUACGCCGUCUGGAGUGAAGGACCUCGCACCCGGGCAAGCCGCUCUGUCAACAUUGCUGAUCCCAGGCACCGGAGGAAUUAGCGAUGACUGUAUCAUCACACGCCUGGAGGCAGGCCCUAGGCAUCUCUUCUACCUGGUCGCCAACGCCGGCUGCAGAGACAAAGACUUUAAAUUUCUUACCGAAGCGCUCGAAAAAUGGGACCAAAGCGUCAAUCCGCAGGUCCAGGUACGACAUCUCGAGCAUGACGGAAAGCCAUACGGUCUCAUCGCACUCCAAGGACCGCUUGCUGCAGAGAUCUUGCAAUCUACCCUGGCGACUACUUGCAAGGUCGACGUGAACAACUGGUGGUUCGGUAACGCGAAAACUGUAACUCUCGCAUUGCCGUCUGGUGAAAGUCUACCCAUCGUUGCGAGCAGAGGUGGCUACACCGGCGAGGAUGGUUUCGAGCUCUCCAUUCAUCCUGCACAAACCGUCGAAGUCACCAAAUUACUGCUUGACACCGCUGGUCCGGAGAAACUACGACUAGCAGGUCUAGGAGCGCGAGACAGUCUCCGCCUCGAAGCUGGCAUGUGUCUAUACGGACACGAUCUCGAUGAUAGCACCACACCAGUGGAAGCCGCACUCAGCUGGAUCAUUCCCCAAUCUCGUCGUUCCGGUCCAGGAGCGAGCUUCAACGGAGCCGAGGCCAUUGUACCUCAACUCGUCGCUCCAUCGAAGGGUGGCGCGGGUGUGUCUCGUCGCCGUGUUGGCUUCAUCGUCGAGGGCUCUCCUGCACGAGAAGGCGCGGAGAUUGUCGACGCCGAUGGAAAUUCGCUUGGCAAGAUUACAUCAGGAUGCCCAAGCCCGACGCUGAAGAAGAACAUCGCAAUGGGUUAUAUCAAGGAGGGCAAACACAAAUCCGGAACGGAGGUAUUUGUCGUUGUCCGAGGCAAGAAGAGAAAGGCGGUUGUGACCAAGAUGCCCUUUGUGCCGAACAAGUACUUCAAGGAGCGCUGA